AUGUCGACUGUCUGGGCGUCCGAAGAAGCGCGGGCAGCGGGCUCCUUGGACGGCAACGUGCAAUGCGACGCUGAUUCUGUACCGGAAGCGUUUCACAGGAGCAAGGUCACCCAAAAAAACUGCGAGGAGCUGGAUCCUCUCCUGUCGGGCUCGUCGACGGAGAACUCGUUUUCACUCUACUACGACAUCAGUGUUGGCUGCGGGGACCCCAAUGUCCCCUCCACUGAAGAAGCAAGCUUCCUGGACCAUUGCGGCUGCGAUGAUCCCGAACCCUACUCCACGACUGUAUCCACUCAUGUUGAAGGCUGCAGCUGGAUCGGGGCUGAGUUCACGGACAUCCCUGAGUUGAGCGGCUAUUGUUUUGCGGUUGCGAUUAGUCGCGUAUCUUUUGGUGACGAAGAUUCUGAAGAUUUAUUGGAAUAUUUCAACCCGUUCGAACGAUAUGACUGCUGGCCAAAGGUCGCGUCGGGAACCGCCACGAUAACUAUCUUCGCUUUCGUGAUGACCCUGGUCACUCAUGUCGCAGAAGGCUUCGUCGUUCGGCAAAAAGUCAGGUAUCCCGACAAAGGACCCAGCUUGAGAGUGGAGAUUGGUGCGUCAGUUGUCGAGGCCGUUGGAGUUGUGGCAAUUUUCUGGGUACUGUCAAGUUUCACCAGCUAUCGAGACAACAGCAACAAUCACGACAGCGCUUUGGUCUUAGAAGGGCUUGCGUUGUUUGCCGUGGCUUGUGCAGUCUUGGGCCUUCUUGCCGUGGUACUUGCGGGGUACGGUGGUCUCCACAUUACCCCCCCCUUUUUCGAGGCUUCUUGUUUGCUAGGCAAGAGAAGUCUUCUUGGGGUAACCGGAACCCGACCGGCUGGCGGCGAGUAGAACCACCUUUUAUUCCAACAAUCUUCUGUGCGUGUGUGCGGGUUCGCCACUUCCGCCACGCAUUGCCAGAAGUUUCGAGUUCGAUAGACAGUGCAUCGUUUCUUGGCCCACCCACCGUUUUUCUUUUUCCUUAUUACUCCGGAAGAAAAUUAGGUGAGCAGCGGGUUUUGAACCCGUGCCUUUUGCAACCAAAAGCAGACACCUGACAUCUCUUCGUCGACGCCAAUAUGGA